UCGGAUUAAAGAUGGCGCCCUCUCAUGCGCUGAGGUGCUGCAAGCGGGCUCUGAACUGGAUACCUGUCCUGUUUAUUAACCUGGUCAUCGGCUGGUCCUACUACGCCUAUGUGGUGGAGCUGUGUGUGUAUACAAUCCCAAACAAUGCAGAACGAAUCAGCUAUUUGGUCAUCUUUCACAUUUUCAUCACCAUGUUCAUAUGGUCCUACUGGAAAACUAUCUGGUCCACACCAGCCAGCCCCUCAAAAGCAUUUGGUCUCCCCAGAGCAGAGAAGGAAAUGUACGAGAGAGAGGAGCGAGCCGAGAGGCAACAGGAGGUCCUGAAGAAAGUGGCGAGGAAUUUACCUGUGUUCACGCGCACGGCGGGGGGAGCCGUCCGAUACUGUGACAUCUGCCAGGUGAUCAAACCUGACCGCUGCCAUCACUGCUCCACCUGUGAAAUGUGUGUGUUAAAAAUGGACCAUCACUGCCCCUGGGUGAAUAACUGUGUUGGAUUCUCAAAUUACAAGUUCUUUGUCUUGUUCUUGGCCUUCGCCUCGCUCUACUGUGUCGUAAUAUGUGCGACAGUCGUCCAGUAUUUCAUCAAAUUCUGGACUAAACAGCUACCGGACACGCAUGCCAAAUUCCAUAUCUUGUUUCUGUUCUUCGUGGCGGCCCUGUUCUUUAUCAGCAUCUUGUCACUUCUCAGCUACCAUCUGUGGCUCGUGGGAAAGAACAGGACCACUAUAGAGGCUUUCAGGGCUCCUGUCUUCGCAAAUGGUCCAGACAAAAAUGGGUUUUCACUCGGUUUUAGCAGAAAUGUAGCAGAGGUGUUUGGAGACCAAGCAAAGUACUGGAUUUGUCCCAUUUUCUCAAGUCUGGGAGAUGGGCAUUCCUUUGUUACCAGACUGGUUCACAUAGAUCCUGAACAAGCAAACAGUGUCCUCCAGCAAAAUGGAAAAAGCCCUGCUGAUGGGGUGGAGACCGGCGCUAGUUUCCAUAGUAACAAUAUACAACACACUGUGGACAACGGCAAAGAGACAGUUGACGAAGCCCUCAAAGUCUCAGUGACAGUGGAGACUGAGCCGUAGCAGGUGGCACCUCUUCAGAGAGCUCAUCAACUGGGAUGCCUUAAAUCGGGAGCAUCAGCACCUAGGCAGGAGCCGUCCUCCACCCUCAUUUAGAGUCUGUGCAGCCUCAAGUCGCAUGUUCUCAUGGAUCAUCCCUCGUCUACUUCAAACAAUACUGUCUUCAUGUCAGCUGAGACAAUACAGGGACCACAUGGAGGUGAUUCCAAGGUUUUGUCUUUGUUUUGAGCCAAAGAUAAACAGUUUUUAUCAUUGCAUCUGAAAAACUCUGGAACUUGACCACUGCUUUUCCCUCUGAGCCACUGUACAGAAUAUUGGCAUUUAUCUCCAUGGAUUAAUCACGUUACAUAUUUCAACAUGACUUAUCCUUUUGUCAGUAUUAAUCAUGCAUAAGUGACUACGCCUUGAAUCUGGUGAUGUUUGACGUGGAGUAGUGGCACCAGUUAAAGCGAGAUUUUUUUUAACUCACUCAGAAUGGUGAGACAUUUCAAAACUAUUGAUAAAGUGUGUGAUAUAAUGUGUUAUCAGUUUUUAACUCCAAGCACAGUGCAAUUAAGACCAGUCGUCAAUUAUCAGAGGGUCUAAUUUAGUUUAUAAAAUGAUCCAAACAUUUAAAAUGUCUUUCUGUUUACACUUUUGUAUUAUUUUUGCAUUUCAAAUUUUAUACGAUUGGUAAAUGUGCAGGUGUAGAAACUUAAAAUGCAAGGACCAAAAAUCCAGUUUAACUGUAGUUUAAACUGUUUCUCAUUCCAAAUGAUUUGCACAACCAAUAGAUAAACUACUGUAUAAUGUUGUCCUAUAAUUAUUAAUUACAUUGCCAUUUUUCAUUGUCCCAUAAAUAUUUGUAAUUUAUUUGUUAUCAAGUUUUUAUAAAUUAUUGUCUUUCCAUGUGUAUUGAUUUUAUUUAUAUGUACUUAUUUCUUUCUUAGAAAUGAUAUGAUUGUUUGUCUUUGUUGCGUUUUCACACUCAUGAUCUAUCCUUUGAUUUGUGUAAAAUGAAUCAGUCUUGCGUGUUAAUGCCGAAGAUAAUGAGUUAAAUCUAUUGUUCGCGUUUGAGAAUGAGAUUUAUUUAAAGCAAAGAGCACAAAAUGAAACCAUGUUUAAAGGCAAUGUCAGAACGGUCAGAGACGUUUGCUCCCCUGCGUCCUUGAGCACAAACUAGGAUAGACGACGUGGACUUAAUUUAUGACUGAGGACAUGAAUGCUCCUCUCUGUGCUCCUGGCAGCUCUGUCGUUACAUUAUAUUGCUGUUAGUAGAAAUGAUGCUCAGCACAGUGUGGGAUUAUGAGUUUCAGAAGAUAACAGAUGUGUUGUGAUGUCACUGAGUGAGUGAUCGCCCAUGUGAAUGUACUCAUGGCAGAUGAAUAACUAAUUUUACUGAUCAAACCUGGCUAAACACACGAGAACAUCAUUCAUGUUGAUUUGAAUUGUUCUGUAGUAAUAAAUGUAA